AUGUUCAACAUAUCUAGUACAAACCAAACAACCCCAGUGUCUACCAAGUCUAACAAAUCUAGUACAAAACACUACAACCACAGCGUCUACCACGUCCAAAAAUCUGGUAUAAGCAAUAAAACCCCGGUUUCAAACACUACGACACCAGGGUCUACCAUGUUCAACAUAUAUAGUACAAACACUACAACCACAGCGUCUACCACGUCCAACAAAUCUAGUACAAACACAUCUAGUACAAACACUACAACCCCAGUGUCUACCACGUCCAACAUUUCUGGUACAAACACUACAACCCCGGUGUCAAACACUACGACCGAGGUGUCUACUAAGUCCAACAAAUCUGCUACAUACACUACAACCCCAAUGUCUACCAUGUCUAACAAAUCUAUUACAAACACAACAACCCCGGUGUCUACCACGUCCAACAAAUCUGAUACAAACACUAAAACCCAAGUGCCUACCACGUCCACGAAACCUGGUACAAACACGACAACCCCAGUGUCUACCAUGUCCCACAAAUCUGGUACAAACACUACAACCCCAGGUUCUACCACGUCCAACAAGUCUGGUACAAACACUACAACCCCAGUGCCUACCACGUCCAACAAAUCUAGUACAAACACUACAACUCCGGUGUCUACCAUGUCAAACAAAUCUAGUACAAACACUACAACCCAAGUGACUACCACUUCCAACUACUCUGGUACAAACACUACAACCCCAGUUUCUACCACGUCCAACAAACUUGGAACAAACACUACAACUCCGGUGUCUACCAUGUCAAACAAAUCUGGUACAAACACGACCAACCCAUUGUCCACCCUGUCCAACAAAUCUAGUACAAAUGCUACAACAACAUCGUCUAUCACGUCAAACAAAUCUAAUACAAACACCACAACCCCAGUGUCUUUCACAUCCCACAAAUAUGGUACCAACACUACAACCCCAGUUUCUACCACGUCUAACAAAUCUGAUAUAAACUCUACAACCCCAGUUUCUAACACGUCUAAUAAACGUGGUACAAACACAACAACUCCAGUUUCUACCACGUCUAAAAAAUCUGGUACAAACACUGCAACCCCAGUUUCUACCACGUCCAAAAAAUCUAGUACACACACUACAACCCAAGUGACUACCACUUCCAACAACUCUAGUACAAACACAAUCACCUUAGUGUCUACUAUGUCCAACAAAUCUAGUGCAAACGCUACAACAACAUCGUCUAUCACGUCAAACAAAUCUAAUACAAACACCACAACACCAGUGUCUUUCACGUCCCACAAAUCUGAUACAAACACUACAACCCCAGUUUCUACCACGUCUAACAAAUCUGAUAUAAACUCUACAACCCCAGUUUCUACCACGUCCAACAAGUCUGGUAAAAACACUACAACCCCAGUUUCUACCACGUCCAACUACUCUGAUACAAACACUACAACCCCGGUGUCUACCACGUCCAACAAGUCUGGUAAAAACACUACAACCCCAGCGUCCACCACGUACACCAAAUCUAGUACAAACAAUUCAACCACAGUGUCUACCAUGUGCAACAAAUCUGGUACAAACACUACAACUACAGUGUUUACCACGUCCAGCAAAUCUGAUACCAAAACUACAAACCCGGUGUCUACCAUGUCCAACAAAUCUGGUACAAACUCUACAACCCAAGUGUGUACCAUGUCAAACAAAUCUGGUACAAACACGACCACCCCAGUGUCCACCCUGUCCAACAAAUCUAGUACAAACGCUACAACAACAUCGUCUAUCACGUCAAACAAAUCUAAUACAAACACCACAACCCCAAUGUCUUUCACGUCCCACAAAUAUGGUACCAACACUACAACCCCAGUUUCUAACACGUCUAAUAAACAUGGGACAAACACUACCAUCCCGGUGUCUACCAUGUCCAACAAGUCUGGUAUAAACUCUACAUCCCCAGUUUCUACCACGUCUAAAAAAUCUGGUAUAAACUCUACAACCCCAGGUUCUACCACGUCUAACAAAUCUGAUAUAAACUCUACAACCCCAGUUUCUAACACGUCUAAUAAACAUGGUACAAACACUACCAUCCCGGUGUCUACCAUGUCCAACAAGUCUGGUAUAAACUCUACAACCCCAGUUUCUACCACGUCUAACAAAUCUGGUAUAAAAUCUACAAGCCCAGUUUCUACCAUCUCCAACAAACUUGGUACAAACACAACAACCCCAGUUUCUACCACGUCUAAAAAAUCUGGUAUAAACUCUACAACCCCAGUUUCUACCACGUCCAAUAAGUCAGGUACAAACACAACAACCCCAGUUUCUACCACGUCCAACAAACAUGGUACAAACACUACCACCCCGGUGUCUACCAUGUCCAACAAGUCAGGUACAAACACUACAGCCCCAGUUUCUACCACGUCCAACAAACGUGGUACAAACACUACAACCCAAGUGACUACCACUUCCAACAACUCUGGUACAAACACUACAACCCCCGUUUCUACCACGUCCAACAAGUCUGGUAAAAACACUACAACCCCAGUUUCUACCACGUCCAUUAAGUCUGAUAAAAACACUACAACCCCAGUUUCUACCACGUCCAACAAACAUGGUACAAACACUACCACCCCGGUGUCUAUCAUGUCCAACAAACUUGGUACAAACACUACAACCCCGGUGUCUACCAUGUCCAACAGGUCUGGUACAAACACUACAAUCCCGGUGUCUACCAUGUCCAACAGGUCUGGCAUAAACUCUACAACCCCAGUUUCUAUCACGUCCAACAAGUCUGGUAAAAACACUACAACCCCAGUUUCUACCACGUCCAACAAAUCUGGUACAAACACUACAACCCCGGUGUCAAACACUACGACCGAGGUGUCUACUAAGUCUAACAAAUCUGCUACAUACACUACAACCCCAGUGUCUACCAUGUCUAACAAAUCUAGUACAAACACAAUCACCUUAGUGUCUACUAUGCCAAACAAAUCUAGUGCAAACGCUACAACAACAUCGUCUAUCACGUCAAACAAAUCUAAUACAAACACCACAACACCAGUGUCUGUCACGUCCCACAAAUCUGGUACAAACACUACAACCCCGGUGUCUUUCACGUCCCACAAAUCUGGUACAACCACUACAACCCCGGUUUCAAACACUACGACACCAGGGUUUACUAAAUCCAACAAAUCUGAUACAAACCAUAUAACCCCAGUGUCUACCACGUCCAGCAAGUCUGGUACAAACACUAAAACCCCAGUGCCUACCAUGUCCACGAAAUCUGGUACAAACACGACAACCCCAGUUUCUACCACGUCUAACAAAUCUGGUAUAAACACUACAACCCCAGGUUCUACCACGUCCAACAAAUCUAGUACAAACACUACAACCCCGGUGUCUACCAUGUCCAACAAGUCUGGUACAAACACUAAAACCCCAGUGCCUACCAUGUCCACGAAAUCUGGUACAAACACUACAAACACGGUGUCUUUCACGUCCCACAAAUCUAGUACAACCACUACAACCCCGGUUUCAAACACUACGACACCAGGGUUUACUAAAUGCAACAAAUCUGAUACAAACCAUAUAACCCCAGUGUCCACCACGUCCAACAAGUCUGGGCUGGCAUAA